GCCAUUUCACUCUCUCGCUGCCCUGCCUCUACCGUCGACUCCCUCGAGAACAUUUAGACGGUCCCAUCCCGCCGUCGCAGUCGUUGUCCCCGCCACCGCCACCACUGCCUCCUCAAAGCUGCGUUUCUAUUUCUGUUUCUUCAAUCGAUCGCAGGUUGUGAAAGGCUAGCACCAAGAAACUGGAGUUGGCAAGAAGUGUAUAACAUUAUUGAUAAUGGAAAAUGAAAGGUUUUGGAUGAAUUUGAACUUUGGAUGCACUGUUGAGCUUCACAUGCUACUUCUGGAAACUACUUCAACUGAGUCCUAGUUUCUAUUGGAGGAAUGGCUGUAUCAAUAUCCAGAAGGCUUUUACGGACUUUUGGUCCCUCACGUGUGUUUGGGCACUGUAAUUCUCCAAUGAUUAUGUGUCGGUUGUUUCGUACUUCUGAUGCCUUGUGUGGCCUUGUCUCUCAAGAUGGCUUAUUUUCCACGGAUUCCUCUUGCAAGACUGGUUCAUCUUUCCUUUCUUCUCGAAGCCUUUCAACUACUACCAUCCUGACUCCUGAAUCAAGUGGAGUUGCAUUUCCACCCGAGUUAUUAUCCACAAAGACUGUGUUAACACCAGAACGUACUCCAGGGCACUAUCAGGACCUGGUAAUUCCUGUGACAAAUUUUCAUAAUGAAGACAAAGGCUUCAUGGUUUUAGCUGGUGAUGUCUUUGAUGUACCUAUUAGGAAGGAUAUUGUUCAUCGUGUUGUACGUUGGCAGCUUGCAAAAAGACAACAGGGAACCCAUUCAACUAAAACUAUUAGCGAGGUUAGUGGAACUGGGAAAAAGCCAUGGCGACAAAAGGGCACUGGUCGAGCACGGCAUGGAACGCUGCGUGGGCCCCAGUUUAGGGGCGGUGCUAUCAUGCAUGGCCCUAAGCCUCGGAGCCAUGCAAUCAAGCUGAACAAGAAGGUUCGGCGACUAGGUCUGAAGAUUGCACUGUCUGCUCGUACAGCAGAAGGAAAGCUUCUGGUUUUUGACGAUUUGGAGGUCCCUUCACAUAAGACAAAGAACAUUGUGAACUAUGUCAAAGAAAUGGAGAACACCAAGAAACUCCUCCUGGUGGAUGGUGGCCCGAUAACUGAAAAGCUGAAGUUGGCAACACAAAAUCUUCAUUAUGUCAACGUAUUGCCCUCAAUUGGCUUGAAUGUCUAUAGCAUCCUGCUGCAUGACACAUUGGUGAUGUCCCGCGAUGCUGUAAACAAGAUUGUCGAGCGUAUGCACACCCCAAUUAACCGCUGAAGUGACUGUUAAUCAAACUGUUCUACUCCAUUAUGAUUCAAAAUAAAGAUCAGCAGCAGAUUAGCAACUUUGUUUCUUCAUUUUCGGGUUUAAUCCAAAAGAACCAAAGAAAAUUUUGUAUGUCAGUGUGACUGGGUAUGUUUAUCCAUCUUUAUAUGGACAAUGUAGCUUCAGCUUAAAGGAAUUUUCUGGUUUUGAAUAUUGGCAAAGCUCAAUUGAAUCUGUU